ACUUGUGUAAAUUGUUAUAUGCCGGCGCUAUAACUGGCACUUGAGACGUGUCUACAAGGAAUCCAAAGUUUCGUACGAGCGCUCAGUUGUUUAGGAGACCUGUUAGCGUCACAGUCCGCAAGUCAUUCAUCGAGGAAUAAAAUAAUUCGAUCGACCAAUAUGUCUAAAGCAAAUAGUGAGGAAGCAUUUAAUAUACGCAUCGGUUACUUAAGACCGGAGACGGUUGAAUUAGCCAAAAAUGAGUUACGCGAAACAUCGGAGACUAAAGAAAACGCCAUUAAGGAAUUACGUCAAUUAUUGCAAGCAAGUCCUGAUCUUCAUUACAAGGACGACGAUGAGUUUCUUAUAAUUUUCCUGCGAACGUGUCAUUUUUAUCCGCAAAGUGCUCUCGAAAAGAUGAAGUCUGUAGCUGCCUUCCGUAAAGAAAAUGCCAACUUACUGCAUGGUUUAGUAAUUGAGCAAGUAAAAGAAAAAUUCCUAAAUAGUAAUGUUAUUAAUAUUUUAAAAAAUUGUGAUCAACAUGGGCGUCGCGUACUAAUUGUUAAUUGUGGCGAAACCUGGAAUCCCAGUUAUGUAAAUACAGACGAUGUAUUUCGCCUACUGUAUUUGGUGCAUAUUGCCGCUCAGCUGGAACCUGAGACGCAAGUGCGUGGUGCGGUAGUUAUUAUGGAUUUCGAGGGUUUAUCUAUGAAGCAAGUGACUGCCUUAACACCCUCAUUCUCGAAACGUUUAUUAACUUUCAUACAAGAUGCGAUGCCAAUUCGUUUAAAAGAAUUGCAUUUUGUUAAGCAGCCGUUCAUCUUUAAACUUGUUUGGUCUCUAUUCAAGCCCUUCGUACGAGAGAAAUUAAACAAAAGGAUACAUUUUCAUGGUAGCGAUAUGAAGUCUUUACAUAAGUUUUUAUCGCCCGAAAUCUUGCCUGAAAACUAUAAAGGUCAGUUGCCUAAAAUUGAUUACGCCGGCACCCAGUGGCUGCCGGCUUUAGAGAAACAUGAAGAAUUCGUUAAUGAAUGGGCUGAGAUGGGACCAACUAAAUGGUAAUCAAAUGUUUAAACACUUAUACAAACAUUCCUUUUUAUUAUCUUCUAAGCUAAACGAAAAAACCAAAAUUUAUAAAAUCAUUAAAUAAAGAAACACAACAAACAA